CCAUAUCUGUCCGGACCACAUUUCAAGGGAUGAAGUAGCAGAUUAAAUUUCAGGAGUGGCUACAUAUAAAAAUAUACAGAAAAUAUGUGAUCAGGUAAACUAUACAGACUACUCAUGGCACAGUCAGCUCAGUAGAAUGAAGACAUCGUUAAAUACACUGAAUUAAGUCUAAUUAAGGUGGGAAGUAAGGGCACGGCUUCCGCUGGCAUUUGACAAGAAGAUUGGCGUCAGUACCGCAGCGACUGGGAAUUCCAUUGGAACUUGGACGGAUUUGAGCAAAGUUAUGGCUGGUUCAAUAGUGGUUGAUGGCACCUUUUUUGAUGACUUCGAUUUCACCAGCGGUUACUAUAGCUACACUGGUAUCCCAUCUUUCACCAACACUCCCUGUAGAGACCCAUGGAGAGUGAAUAAAUAUGCUUUAGCAUUUAUAUAUUCAGUUGUUUUCCUUCUAAAUGUUGUUGGGAAUAGUCUUGUUGUUGUGGUAAUCUGUUACAACAAGCUGAAGAGGUCGACCACAGAUGUCUACCUACUAAACCUGGCCAUCGCGGAUCUUUUAUUUGCAAUUACCUUACCAUUCUGGGCAACGUAUAAGGUCAGAGAAUGGAUAUUUGGCUCCUUUAUGUGUAAGACUAUAUCCAUUCUACAAGAAGUCAAUUUCUACAGCGGGAUCCUUCUCUUGGCUUGCAUCAGUAUUGAUCGAUACAUUGCUAUUGUCCAUGCCACAGAAGCCAUCAACCAUAAGAGACAUUGGGUAAAAUAUAUUUGCUUGGGGAUUUGGCUUUUUUCAUUUGUCAUUGCUUUUCCAACCAUAUUGUUCAGACAAGUACUUGACACCCCAAAAAAUGGAAUAGUCUGCUACGAAAAUAUUGGACAUGAAAAUACAGAGAAAUGGUUGAUCAUUUUGAGAAUAGGUCGCCAUUUGGUUGGAUUCUUCAUUCCUUUACUGAUCAUGCUUUUCUGUUAUGGGUUUACUAUUAAAACUCUCUCUCAAACCAAAAGUGGCCAAAAGCACAAAGCACUGAAAGUCAUAUUUGCUGUGGUUAUCGUCUUCCUCAUUUGCUGGCUUCCAUACAAUGUUACAGUCAUUGUUGAUUCGUUGAUGAGGAUAGGUACUAUAAACGAAACCUGUGAAAUAAGGCAACAUUUGGAUAGUGCUCUCUCUAUCACUGAAAUUUUUGGCUAUGCACAUAGCUGUAUCAAUCCCAUAAUCUACGCUUUCAUCGGGCAGAAAUUCCGAAAUAGUUUCUUAAGAAUCUUGGCCACCAAUGGUAUCAUCAGCAAAGACUUUCUCUCUCGUCAUGGAAGGAGUUCUUCAUAUGUGUCGACAUCUGGAAACACAUCCACAACAAUGUAAUUGAAAGAUCACAUCAUGUUCCACUCCAAGUCCAUAUUAUAAUUUAAAACCAGCUUCUAUAUGGAACAUAAUUGCUGCUGUAUAUACAAUGGAACAUGCUAAUUUACUGUCUAUUCCCCCUUCCUUUCCAACCAAGUGGCUUGUCUCUGAAGACCACACCAACAUGGUAAAAGUAUAGUUGAAUCUCAACACACCGUUGGGUGCACUUAUAAAACAAUUAUUGCUACAAAUAGUUUGCCAUAGUUGCACCAAAUACUAAUCAGCAAUACAAAAAAAAUAUUAUAAGGCAAGGCUAAUUUAUGGUUUUAUGACAGUUUUGUCUUAUAUAAUGUCUAUAAAACAUGAAAGCAGUGAACAAGAAAUUCUCUAUGACAUGUACAAAAAAAUUACCGUCUGAGAUGAAAAGUUCCAAUAGUGUCUUUUCCGAUCUCAUAGCUAAAACCACAUUUAACGCUAGACGAUGCAUCUAAUAAAAUGCGUGUAGCAUUUCCAUGGACACCUUCCAUUGUUACCACUAUAUUGAUCUUUCACUAUUUCACUGUUUUGCUGUAUGGUGCACAGUUUGACAAACAUACCAUCAGGAGCAUCUGGCAUGACCCAGAUUUCAAAGAUCCCACUGCUGGCACUAAGGUGUCGGCAUGAAAAUGGCCAACCUCUGCUUGACUUACCUGUUCUACAACGGCAAUAUCAUGACAUUCCAUUCCAUGGCUGGCCUUCAGUGGUGUUUUGGUGGAGACUGGUUCCGUGAGCAUACUCCCAAGCCUUUAAUCUUCAGCAUCUCUGUAACCGCAUGUCUCCAUCAUUCUGGACAUUCAAUUUAUCAGCUAAAAUACAUAUAGGAUAACCUGAGUAAACAGAUCCUUCCAAAUUAGAAAGUGUAAGCAGAUGUACAUAGAAUAUAUUGCCAGAAAACCAAUUUUAACUGAAUUCUGAACUAACAAUGAGUAUGCACAUUUAAAAAAAAAUUCAAUUAUUAAUUAUUUCUAAGUACUUUUUAUAUCUCCAU